AUGCACCACCAGCACCACCAGCACCACCAGCACCAUCAUCACCACCACGCCCACAUGGGAAACUACGACUACGGGAACUACAGCAUCGGCGACUACACUCCACCCGGAGCCACACAAAACUAUUCAGGGUAUUAUUUCUGCGCACUCAACAAGCCACCCAAGUUUGAACGAUUCUACUAGGGCUAGGGCCCUAGAACUAGGGGACUCUGAGAAGAAAAUCUUAACUAUAGGAAGCAUCUACCAGAUACUGUCACUGAAGAAAUCUAAUGAACAAAGUUUAACUAAAAAAAAUUAUCUGGGGAUUAUAAGAGAUUUCGAAAACAUCUUGAACAUUAAAUCUCCUAAAUUUUAACAUGUUAACUAUAAGAUAAUAUAUCUUUCAGUUGCAAUACAAUUAUGUAAUUCUUUCAAUCUAUAACUUCUUAAAAUUUUUUUGCAACGAAUUAUACAAUUGCCGUCAAAAUAACAGUAGUAUUUUAGCUUAUGGAAAUAUCAAUCAAAAAUAGUUUAAAAGCAACUUUUAGCAUUUUUUUUUUAUUUUCGUGAAUCUA